AGAUAGGUUCUGUUCUUGAAUUGACCGGCUUCAUUUGCUGUUGAUCGAGUUUUGUUCCUGAUGAAAUCAGCUCUUGAUUCUCUGCCACAACUAGAGGUUUGAAGAAAUAACGAAAUAAAGGCUAUAAAGCUUGCUCAACCGCCAAAGUGAUCGCCAAACAUGGCUGCCAGCAUCCCUCUCCCCGAGUUCGUGCAGGCGAUGUCCAACGCAACAGCAAUUUCCCCGGAUCAGCUCCGCGGGAAUGGUGGUGGUGCAAGUGGUAGUACGGCCAACUUCGCCCCCUCGACUUUAUCCAGGAAAAAACUGUAAUUAGUGUGGGUGUCUUGAAGUGCUGACAGCAUGACAAACUUGCUCCGCACUACUACAGAGAGACGAAAGCUUGUCAUGCAAAGCUAGUACGUGAAAACACACAUGAGAAGAGGAGUUCAUGGGUGUCUGGCAUGGCAAGUGUAACUCUUUUGCAUUUUCUGCAUGACAGACUUACACUUACACACUUUUUUGCCUGCAUACAGCUCCUCCCGCCCUCUCGACAGUCGCGGCAGCAUGCGGGCCAUUAUCGUAGAGAAAAACCACCCCUCCCCGUAUCGAAAAGGAAAUUAGUGAUGCUGAUUUGUGGCCACAAAUCAGCUUGGUCUUGCGUACAAGGCAAACGGCACGCAUGUGGGCGCAUUGUGCAGCGAGUCUGUCAUGCGUUUUCGCCUAUGUCGGACGUGUUUCUCAUGCUCAAGCGGGAUGCGUACCCAAAUCGGCUUAGAAUGAAUGCGCCGACAAGCAGCUCUUGCUGCAAUACAAAGCUCAUUUGUAUGCACAAAUCCAGCAACACAAGUCGCCUUUUGAAUAGGUGGUCGUGGGGGCUUUUUUCACUUUGGUAGCCAUGUAUCCGGCCAGCGCGAACUUGUACGAAGGCGGGGUGAAUAACGAGCUGUCUCUAUUACAGUGAAAAGUGCCCCCCACCCCUGAACAUGCAAAAAUUUUUGAUGCGAACUUGCCAAAUGAAAACUUUUUGUCAUGCAUGAAAGGAGUAUGAAUCUUUAUAUUUCUGGUGCACGUGCAGAGUCUAGGCGUGUAUCGCACCGCUCGCAUGACGAGCGCCUCUCUUGCUGGGGUCUUUUGCAACACAAAUUUUUGCUAUUCACGAUUGGAAACCUGUGAUGCUGAUAGAUGCAAGAGAGCGAAUGUUUCAUGAUUUGGAAAGGUUUGCAAUACAAAUGCUCCCAAGUUGGGGGGUGGGGGCAUUUUUCAUUGUAAUAGUCUCCGCGGAUGCGGGGCCGGAAAAAAGUGGUGAAAAACGAGCGGGACUUACAUGUUGACAGAGGCGGAGAAGCAGCUGCCGAAAGCAGCAACGGUAAAUCGCUAUCAAAUGCAAAAAUGUCUGGGUCUGGGAGAUUCCGAGAUUUGUCAUGCAGUUUUUUCAAGCUCCGCCUCGUCUGGAAUGCAGGACCUAGCAUCACAGGCUCUGCAGCUCCUUGGUGAUGCGUAUUCUGCAUGAGAAAUGCCCUCUCAGCAUGGCCAGAUGUGGGCACCUUUUGCACGUUCUGCAUCACAGAUCUUUGUAGGAUCCGAAACACGCAUCACAAGUUUGGAUCCUUCCAGACCCAGACAUUUUUGCAAUGCAUAAUCGCAAGACGCGUUUCAUUCAAAGCGGAAAACGAACAAGUCCUUCUAUAUGGAUGUGUCAGGAUCGAAAUCGACAAAGUCGAAAAAUUUGUGAUGCAUAAAAUGUAGGGCACUGAAGGCCUGUAUUGGGGAGCAGGCAAAUGAGACCGAUUGUGAGCCUGUUUAGAGGUAUACAAUGUGCUGCCAGAGUAGCAUUACAGGAGGAGUGUUUUUUGCCCAAACAGCAUGACAGACUGGAUUUGGGUACUCCCGAAAUUUGUCAUGCGCCACUUGGAACCUGAGGCUCCAACUGACAGCGGUUCUGUGCAUCACAAGUUUUUCGAAAUUGUCAAUUUCGAUUCUGACACUUCCAUAUUCUACCCCUCUCCGUUAAAAUCCCUGGCGGAAAGGAAACCCAGCUUGUUUAUCGCGAGAAGCAGCGUAGAACAAGUGAAUUCGAAAAUAAAGCUGAACCAAAGUAGUACAACUCCCUCCCCUAUGAAUUGCAAUAGUAUCGUGCUCGUACAUAAUGCAUUACAAAUUUUCUCAGCAUGAGAAAUAAAAUCUGUAAUGCGGAUUUACCUUAAGAAAAAGAUUUGUAAUGCAUGAUAGCAAUUGCUACGAGUGCGAUACUUUUGCACAGGAUAUCCCCGGGAAAAAGGGGGAGGACAACCACAAGAAAUAGUUUCGGGGAAGACGUUAUCAACUGUAAAAAUGUCUGGGUCUGGAAAAGUGCGCGAUUUGUCAUGCUGCUUUUCCAUGACCCAUGAGGUCUGGAAUGCAGGACCUAGCAUGACAGAUUCUGCGAGACCUUUCUAAUGCCUAUCCUGCGUGAGAAACUACCUCCCGACAUGGUCAAAACUGGACGACUUUUGGUAAUCAUGCAACACAGAUUUUUGCAUGCUACAGAUUUAGCAUGACAAGUUGCAAUCUUCCAGACCCAGACAUUUUUACAUUUGAUAGACGUUAUGAUGAACAAAAGUCAGAGUCAGCUGUUCGGCGGGGCGUCGACGCUUUCGCCGCAAAGGAGUAUGACUAUCAAAAGGAAAAAUCCCCCCUCCCCAUAUCAAAACGGAAAUCUGUGAUGCAGAUUUGUGGCCACAAAUCAGCUUCGUGAUGCUAGAAGGCAAAAGAUGCGGACUGUAGUGCUACCUAGCGUGGAAAAGUAUUGCAUCUCCAGCAUGACACGAGGCAACUGGAAGUGGGAAACAGCAUGACAAAUUGCCUGCAAUUCAGGCCGCGGCUGCGUCUCUUGGCCUUCUAGCAAUACAAGUCGAUUUGUGUACUCAAAUACAGCAUCACAAAUUUCGUUUUUGAUAUGGGGAGGGGGGAUUUUUCUUUUUGAUAAUGACCAUGAGCAGUUUGCUGAGCGGAGCAGGUACUAACAUGAUGAACCACGGAGAUCAUGAUGACUUUUCCCUGUCCCCGCGCGGCCACACCGGACGGGGUAGGGACAGCACGACAUUGAACCGACAGUCGACUAUGACCAGCACGUUCGGGUCUCCCGGGAUGAGUAGUCUUUCCCUGUUCGGUAACAGUCCCCGGAACCAGUCGGUGUCGCCAAGAGCUUAUGAACAACUGCAAAAGUAUCGUACUCGUAGUCGUAUAAAUGCAUUACAAAUUUCCUCAGCAUGAGAAAUAAAAUUUGUAAUGCGGAUUUACCUCAAAAAAAGAUUUGUAAUGCAUGACUGCAAUACGAGUUCGAGUGCGAUACUUUUGCACAGGAUAGAACUUCCGCGGUGCGAAUGCGGGGCGGGUUCAGUGACGAAAUGACGGCGAUUAUUCCGAGUAAAAACAUCUUCACACCAGAGUUGUCAUGCAAAUCUGCCUGCCAAAAAUGUUUCUCGUGCGGAGCCCCAUGCGAAGUAUUUCCCCGUCGUGUUUUGGGGUUUGUGAUGCUCAAACCAGCAUGAUAUGCUAGAUCUGCGAUGCUGUUGGAGCUAGCUAAACAGGAUUACACUAGUACGGGGCCAAAUUUGUCAUGCGAAACAACCAAAGCUGGUUGAUUUGUCUAGCAGAUUUUCCAUCUUGACUCUGGUGUGGGCAUGUUUUUACAUAGGAUAGCAAUGGACGCGGGGUGUCAGUAUUUGCUAAACCAGGACGCAAUGAAUAACAAGGCCACUGGGACAGGAGAAGGACCCUCCGGGGGAGAUCAGAACGCCGCGAAUUCCGGUUUUGGGAACAAGCAAAUCAACGCGGAAGACGUGUUCCACGAAGCGAACAUGCUGGCGAAUCGGUUAUAUCCUGCGCAAAAGUAUCCUAGUCGUAGUAGUUGCAUUUAUGCAUUACAAAUCUCUGUCUCAAGGCAAAUCAGCAUUACAAAUUGAAUUUGUAAUGCUGGGCUAACUUGUAAUGCAAUUCAUACUAGUACGGUGCUUUUGCAUUCCACCGGUUAGCGGAGUUGGAAACAGCGGCGGCGCAAUUGAAGCACAACUUAACAGUAUCCUGAGUAAAAACGUACCCACACCAGAGUUGUAAUGCAAAUCUGCAUGCCAAAAGAGUUUCUCAUGCUGAGCCCCAUGAAAGGCAUUUUCUAGUCGUGUUUUGGGAUUUGUGAUGCUAUAAUCAGCAUGAUAUGCUAGGCCUGUGAUGCUGCUGAACUACCUAAACAGGAUUACAGUACAAGGACAAACUUGUCAUGCGAAACAGCCAAAGCUGGUUGAUUUGUCUAGCAGAUUUACCAUCUUGACUCUGGUGUGGGUACGUUUUUACUCAGGAUAAACAGCCUUCGAUCCGCUGGGGAAGCGGGGCGGGGGAGCGGACGCAUCGGG